AUGAAUAAGCAACAAAGCGAAGCGCCCUCCCCCUGGCGUCCCAGACAGCGGAGGGAGCCGCCGCCGCUGCAGGGGCCGCCGCGGGGAUGCCGAGCGCGGACGCCGCCGCUCUCUUCUGCGCGCUGCUCUGCUGAAGGUUCACAGGACUCAAUUACUGGAAUUGUCAACUCGACCAAUUUACGUGCACAUUUCUCUUCCACUAUGAGCAGACCAAUUGUAUUACACAUUUGUCUGGCUUUCUGUAGCCUUCUACUUCUCAACUUUGCCAUGCAAUGCCUGGCUUUCCCCAACGUGGAAAGAAGGGAGAUAGUACUUCUUCAUGCAGAAAAAGGGCAGUCUGAGAGGCUAAACACAGAUGACCUAGAAAAUGACUCUGUUACUUCAAAGUACACUCCGGUCUCUGGAGAUCCAAUGAUAGUGUUAGCCGGAUCAUCAACAAUGUCUUUAAAUAAAGUAUUCCCUAGUAACAAAGAAACCCCUCCUGUAGGAGCUGGGCCCAUGCAGGCUGAUGGUUCUAACAUUUACAUUGCUACUGAGCCAGAAGUCCCAGCAAGGGAAGACGUGUUCGUUUCUAGCCAGCCAGAGAGAAUGUCUCCCCAAAGCCGACCUUCCAAGGGCACGUUAACCAACCCUGUCACGCCAACUGCUUCUCUGAAUAUUGAUGAGAGGGAGGAAUCCUCCCGUGGUACCAUCAUUCAGCCCACUGUGGAAGGAACCACUGAGGCAACACAAGGUUUUCUGAGCUUUGUGGAUGAUCAGUUGUUUGCAACUGAAAGCCCGGAAGGACUUAGUCUGGGGCAUUCACCUUUAUCCCUUGUGAAUACUAAAGAAAUGCUAACCACCAGUCCAAGGACUGAGAAAUUUGAAGCAAACCCAGAACAUAAGACCACUUCUUUUCCUGGCUCUAAGCUCACAGCAGGCACUGAGUCCUCCCAGAUGACAGCUGAUAAUACCCAGGCUACUGCCGCCACUAAGCCCCGGCUCCCAAGCUCGGAGUCCAUCCUGAGUGUUGAACCAGAAGCUGACAGCCUGCUCGGAGCCCCAGCAGUCACGAUGAGUGGCAGCACAGCUACUGCAGCUGCUCCUGUCGUAAGUGAUGAGUGGGAUGACACCAAAUUAGACAGUGUAAGCCAGAUAAAGACCCCAAAGCUUGGAGACAGUACAGAGAUACAGGUGAGACUGGAAAUAUCUCAGACAACCCAAGCAGCCGAUAUCAGUCUGGAAGGCAUGGAAGGGGGCGAAGCUUUGACAGAGGCUGCAGAUGUGAGUCUGAAGCUGCCUGAAAUGGAAACACACAUGGAGACCACCCUGCCAAUGGCACGUGGGGGUGAGAGAGCAUCUGAUCAGAGUUCCUUUACUCCCACAAGUCCAAUGGGAGAUACGAAAGUCUCUGUCACGAACCUGGUCCAGGAUACUGCGGACUUUGUGGAAUCCACCAAGGAGAACAGUGCCAUGUUCUUAGAGACCACUGUUUCCAUCUCCGAAUAUGAGUCUGAAGUGCAUCAACCAUUGGGAAAUAGAUUUAAAGACAUCAUCACUCAAGAGAUGACAACAGCUGUUCAGGCAGCAGAAGCUGCUGUAUCUUUGCUGGCACAGGAUCAGCAGGUCUCUCCCCUCGAGGUCACCGGAGGCGACGAGACGGAGGGAGGGAGGGAGUUGCUUUCUGCCACUGCCGAUGCCCCUCGCGUUACUCAGCUGUCCAGAAGAUGGGAGCCUCUGGCCACUGUGGUUUCAAUGACACCCAUCCCUGUGUCUUUCGAAGUUACUCCUGCUGUGGAAGACCUAAUGGACACAGUCACAGGGCCGAAUGAGGAGUUGUUCACGCCAAUUUUGGGUUCUCCAGUGACACCCCCUGGAAUAACGGAGGAAGCCCCCAGCACUUCCCCAGCACUUGCUGAUCCUGAGGUGUCUUCUGAAAGAAGAACUGCGGCUUCAUCCUUUAGCUAUGUUAACACAGCUGCCUCCUAUGGCCUGGACCAACUUGAAUCUGAAGAGGGAGAAGAUGAUGAAGAUGAAGAGGAUGAAGAGGAAGAAGAUGAGGAGGAAGAAGAUGAGGAGGAAGAUGAGGAAGAUAAAGAUGCUGACUCCCUGGACGAGACCUUGGGUGACACCGAGCUGCCUGGGUUCACGCUCCCUGGCAUCACGUCUCAGGAACCUGGCUUAGAGCAGGAAAACGUGGUCUCUUUGGAGGGAGUCACAUUCCAGAUGCCAGAUGCCAUCCAGUGGGAACAGCAGAAUCAGGGCCUGGUGAGAAGCUGGAUGGAAAAGCUAAAAGACAAGGCAGGCUAUAUGUCUGGGAUGUUGGUGCCCGUGGGGGUUGGGAUAGCUGGAGCCUUGUUCAUCUUGGGAGCACUCUACAGCAUUAAGGUUAUGAAUCGCCGAAGGAGAAACGGCUUCAAAAGGCAUAAAAGAAAGCAGAGAGAAUUCAACAGCAUGCAAGAUCGAGUCAUGCUCUUAGCCGACAGUUCCGAAGAUGAAUUUUGA